AAAACAGGAAGUAAACAGGUAACAGGCAGAUGUUAAAAACCUUGCCCCAUUCCUGUGUUGAGAGGACUUUUUUGUUUUUUUCUCCCGCUCCCCAGAGAUGUGAACUUUGUCCCCAUAAGGAUGGAGCUUUAAAAAGAACAGAUAAUGGGGGUUGGGCCCAUGAGGUGUGUGCUCUGUAUAUUCCGGAGGUACAAUUUGCCAAUGAUUCCACAAUGGAACCAAUUGUUUUACAGUCUGUUCCACAUGAUCAUUGUAAUAAGGUUGAGACUGAGCUCAAGUUAAUCUGUGGCGAUGUUCUGGAUGCACUGGACAAACACCUCAUUCCAGCAGCUACCACUGGCAAGUCCAAGGUUUUCUAUUAUGAAAUGAAAGGGGACUACCACAGGUAUCUGGCAGAAUUUGCCACAGGAAAUGACAGGAAGGAGGUGGCAGAGAACAGCCUGGUGGUUUACAAAGCUGCUAGUGAUAUUGAAACGGGUUUCUCCAUGUUGGCCAGGCUGGGCUCGAACUCCUGGUUUCAAGUGAACCUCCCAACUUGGCUUCCCAAAGUGCUGAGAUUACAGGCGUGAGCCACCAUCCCCGCCCCCUCAAAAUCUGUUAGGACGACAGUCUCGCCAAGGCAAUGCAGUUGC